AUGUCAAGUCGAGAGGUCCACGCGCUGGAUACCAUCGAAACUGCGGACUACAUCGAGGGCGAUCUCCCAGACGAAGAGGUUGAUGUUCCCUCCCAUCUCAUACCACCAAACCCCGAUGAUUCGGACGUGUUACCCGCUCACGUUCAUCCGUCAUACCCAUACGGUGACCCGAAGAAUAUCAAACAUCCGGCAUCAAAGCCCCGAAUACCUCACGACAGAGGCUCGCGGGCCUUGUUCGAGGACAUGGGCUAUGCUUCCUCGGGCGUCGCCGGAUCUCUGCGCUGGAAUGAUCUCGCUUUGGAUACCCUCCUGCCGGUCGACCGCGAGCGGGAGGAGAUUGAGAAGGCUACGCAGGCACGAAAAAUGGCCAGCGGAGCGACAUCCAAUAAUCCUCACCCAGAUGCGGUGCCGUCUCAGCAGCCCCGAGCACAGCCUGCCGCAGACACCACCCGAGAAACCAUAGAGGAAGAUGACGAAGAUCAGGAAGAGGAAGAUGACCACGACGUCGAGGGAAACAACGAAGGAGAUUCAUGA